AGUUGGCUUUCUCUCCUCGAGUAAGAAGGAGCUCAAGGCUGGUUGCCCUACCUGGAAGCAAACCUGGCAGACCAUGGGCAACAAAAUCGUCACCUUCACGGAGGAGCAGUUGGAGGAUUAUCAGGACUGCACUUUCUUCACGCGGAAGGAAAUUCUGAGGGUGUUUAAAAAGUUCCGAGAGCUGAACCCCUCCAUCGUGCCCAAGUCCAUGACAGCCAACGAGCCAAUGACGGUCCGAUUGCCGUUGGAAACGGUGGCCAAAAUGGCGGAGCUCAAGGAGAACCCGUUUCGCCAUCGGAUAUGCCAAGUGUUUUCUCGAGAUGGGAAUGGAAUCAGUUUUGAAGACUUCCUCGACAUUUUCUCCGCCUUCUCAGAACAUGCCCCACGGGACAUCAAGGUCUACUACGCCUUCAGAAUUUAUGAUUUUGAUGGGGAUCAAUUUCUGGGGACGGGUGACUUGGAGCAGACGUUGAAACUCCUGACUCGGGAUGAGCUAGCCCCUGACGAAGUGGCCCUCGUGAGUGUCAAAGUCCUGGAGGAGGCCGACGUCGACGACGAUGGGAAGUUGUCCUUUGGAGAAUUUGAACAUGUCAUCACGAGAUCACCCGAUUUUCUGGCUAAUUUCCACAUCAGGAUUUGAACCUCCUCUGUCGACAGCUCUGAAUAUUUCGAAUCGCAUUAAUUAUCCUCACUCUGCCAGUGGCCUUUAUUCUCUCUCUCUCUCUGUAAUCUAUAUUAUAUCUCUCUCUCGGUAAUAAUGGUGGUGACGAUGUUGUUAUCAUUAUGAGCAGAGUAUCUAGGAAUGCAAUACAUGUAGUCGUCGUGUGGUGUGCGUUGGAGUGGAAUAAAUAAAUGGUGGCGGUGCAAUCAGAA